AUGAAGCGAACGGAAAAAGGAUACUGUGCGACGAAAAAGAUGCGCCCAGAUUACGUGUCAACGCGAAGCAGAAGGCCAAAAUUUGCCGGCGGUAUUGGUGCGAGCAAUAUCGGCUCGGUUGGAGUCAUCGGGUUGCACUUGUUAUUGAUUCUACAUUUCAACGAAGCCUUUCAAAAUCCACGUAUUAUAGAGCACCCGACAGACACCAUAGUACCGCGGCAUGAGCCAGCAACACUCAAUUGCAAAGCAGAAGGAAUCCCCCAACCGACGAUCCAGUGGUACAAGGAUGGCGCACCAUUGAAGAUACUCCAGGGAUCCCACCGGAUAGCGCUGCCUGCUGGCGGGUUGUUUUUUUUGAAGGUUGUUAACUCACGGCGAGAAAGUGACGCCGGUGUGUAUUGGUGCCAGGCGCGGAAUGAGAACGGAAUCGCCCGAAGUCGGAAUGCUACGCUACAAGUAGCAGUAUUGCGUGAAGAAUUUCGACUCGAACCGCAGCACACUCGGGUGGCUCAAGGGGAAACAGUGCUGCUAGAAUGUGGCCCACCAAAGGGCGUGCCAGAACCGACGUUAUCAUGGCGAAAAAAUGGUCAAAAGUUAGAUGUAGAUGUAUCGAAACGGAUUCGAAUCGUCGAUGGAGGUAAUCUGGCUAUUCAGGAUGUACGGCAAACUGACGAAGGGCAGUACCAGUGUAUUGCAAAGAAUUUGGUUGGUGUCCGGGAAUCGGCAACAGCGUUUCUUAAAGUACAUGUUAAACCUUUUCUGAUACGAGGACCACAUGACCAAAAUGUUGUCGAAGGUGCGUCUGUCACGUUCCAGUGUCGUGUUGGAGGGGAUCCAAUGCCAGAUGUGCUUUGGCGUCGGACAGCUUCUGGUGGAAAUAUGCCUUUGGACAGGGUACACAUCCUCGAGGAUAGGAGUUUGCGAUUGGAAAAUGUAAUACUCGACGACGAAGGAGAGUACAGUUGUGAAGCGGAUAAUGCUGUUGGUGCUAUUUCCGCAACUGGUACAUUGACUGUGCACUCUCCUCCAUUUCUUACGAUAAGGCCAGUUCCUCAAGUAAUCGAAGCUCCACAAGAUGUUUCCUUCGAGUGUAAAGCAGACGGACGACCGAAACCAACAACCUUUUGGUCCAUCGAAGGCAACCGAACACUGAUCUUUCCCGGAACUAAGUUUGAUCGAUUCGAAACAUCGUAUACCCAAGAGAGCUUGACGGUUCUAACCCUACCGAAGACUACAAAAUCCGACAACGGCCUUGUAGUCGUGUGCAACGCCGUUAACAGUGUGGGAUCAGUGAGUGUACGCGCGCGACUAAUGGUGGCGUCACAGGAUGAUCGUCCGCCACCCAUAAUCAUCCUUGGACCGACCAACCAGACGCUUCCGAUGAAGUCCUUCGUGGCAAUGCCAUGCAAAGCAGUCGGUAAUCCUACUCCCAUCAUCUCUUGGUAUUUGGAAGGAAAUCCUGUGGUUCCGUCCGAGCGUAUCAAUGUCACUGAAAAUGGAACUUUAUUGAUACGGGAUCUAGACCGAAGCACCAAUCAAGGCAUGUACACUUGCGUCGCUAGUAGCCGCAGUGGGAAAUCCACUUGGAGUGCCUACCUGCGCCUGGAGCUUCCUACAAAUCCCAAUAUUAAAUUCAACAGAGCACCUGAACCUACCGACUUCCCCAGCGCUCCUGGAAAGCCACAAAUUGUCAAUGUCACCAACAGCUCUAUUACCAUCUCGUGGCUACCAAGCAUCAAGUCCGGCGCAUCCGACAUCAAUGGAUACUUGAUAGAAGUGUUUUCAAGUGAUAUGGCAAAAGGUUGGGCUACGAUUCCGUACCAAGUUUCGUCAACGAGCUAUACGUAUGCGCCGGUUUCUCCGAACGUUAGCUACAUCUUUACAGUCCGUGCACAGAACGACCAAGGUCUUGGUAUUCCUAGCCUGCUGUCUGAUCCAGUGAAGAUCGGACGUGAGGUUAAUCAUGGUGAAGACAUCAAUCUAAGUGAAGCACAGGCGACGCUAUCUUCAGGACGAGUAGUCAAUCUCCUAGAAGCAAACGCGACCGACGCUACCAGUGUUCGGCUGGCAUGGGAAAUCGUUAAUGGACAGUAUGUGGAAGGGUUCUAUAUCUACUCGCGUAAGAUACACUCAAACGGUACCUAUCGAACAUUGACUGUCCUGCACGGUGGUGGUGCUUCUGCUUGCACAAUCAAUGGAUUGGAAAAGUUUACCGAGUACGAGUUUUUCCUCGUGCCGUUCUAUAAAACCAUCCAAGGUAGUCCAUCGAAUUCGAGAUCGACCAGCACCUUGGAGGAUAUUCCUUCAGCUGCUCCAGGCAACCUAGAAGCGGUAUUACUGAACACUUCAGCUGUUUACCUCAAAUGGGACCCGCCUGCCAACGGCACCAUCAACGGAAAGUUAAAAUACUACCACAUCAUCAUACGGGGAUAUGACGCUUACAACAUGUCUAAAGUGCUGACCAACAUGACAGUCGAUGGCGAAGCACCAAAGCUGUUGCUGGCCAAUCUGUCGGCUGGUGUAACUUAUUCUGUGAGCAUUGCCGCAUCAACAAAAGUUGGAAUUGGUCCGUACAGUAUUCCUUCAAUCCUGAGACUUGAUCCUCACACUAAACGUCUCGAUCACGGCUAUACCAGAUAUCCUAUAAAUCACGACUUCUCGCAUGAUAUUCUAACACAAACAUGGUUUAUUAUCCUCCUCGGAUCCAUCAUCGCCAUAAUCGUCUUCCUCUUCGGAGCAGUAAUCAUUUUCCGUCGAAUACAAAUUAUGAAGCACAGCUCUUUGAACAACAUGCAUGGUAAUCACGCAAUCGGUACGGUUCGCAAAUUUCCAACGCUUCCCUUGAAUCCUAACGGGGUAUGGAUCGAUCCUGGCGGAGGCGUCUGGCGGCAAGCAUCCGACGUGACCAAAGAGGCUAUCACCGACUAUGCCCAGGUGUCUGCUGCUCCCACGCUUCCACUUCCAGAUUACGAAAGAUUGUCCCCUCUGAAUAUGCCUGACUAUGCGGAAGUAGCCGGUUGUUCAUCAUUUAAAACCGAUCUUGGCCAAUCGCCCUGCUACGAUAACUACGGUGCCUACGCCUCAACUACGCUGGUGGGACGCUCGACCCAAAUGUACGCCCAUGGAAAGCUCGACACCAAAACGGGCUACUCAGCACCGUCGGUUGCAGCGGCGACCGCGUCCGGUGGAUGUCACUAUAACAAUUUCAUAAAUCAACAGCACCAGCAGCGCCACCAGCAGCAGCUGCACAUGCACCAGCACUCACCAUACAGUCUGCAUAGUGCACCGCAACAGUCGGCACAUCAGUCCCAACCGCACCAGCAAGUUGGCGUCCACGAUAUGCGAGAACGCGACGUCAACGGACGUCCAAUUGGUUCGGCAAACGGUGCCAGUGGCGGUGGUGGCAGCAUGAAAAGCCAGAGAAUGAACAUCAUCGAAAAUCGUAUGGCGGAUAUGUUGAACAAUUUGAAUCAAUCCUCAUCAUUGGGCCAACAUCCAGCAUCCAGCGGUAUGGGAUCCUCGUACGGUGGCUCAACGGUAAGUAAUCUCAACGUUGGUAGCCACAGUAGCCUACUUCCGGCGGGCCAGCCAAUGGCGUCCACGUCUGUGAUGGCGAUGGAUGUGGUGGCCAGCUUUUCCACUGUUGGCGGAGGAAGCAGCAGCGUUCCGCACACACCGCUGUUUGGCACAAUCAAGCGCACUGCAAAGUACAACAAAAUAGGCUACAAUAAGGAUAACAAACUCAAUUUCGGCGAUAAUGGCCGAUCAGUCGAGCAGCCGCUCUUCGUGAAGUCCAAGUACGAUGGCACCUGGUCCUCCGUUCCCAGUACAGCGACGACAUCGGUCAACAGCAUCAGCAUGAUUAAUAAUUCGCCAUAUCAGCAGCAGCAACAGCAGCAGCUCACUUCCCACCUCAACAAAAGUGGCUACCAGCCCGAGCAGAAUUUGCUCCAAUCGUCCAUUCCACCGCCCCCGCCUCCACCACAACCGCCUUCUUACCACGUUACCCAGCAGCAUUCGAUGGGAGUGAUGUCCUGCCAUGGGAAAGAAACAUCCCGAUCUCCAUCACGGUUAUCACCGACAGUGCAAAGCAAACAAAAACAUAAUUUAGAUAAUUUACCUUCUACGGAUAACUACAAUAGUACCGAUCCGUGCUUCGGUGGUAAUGACGUGGAUGCUUCAUCUCAAAAAAGGCACUAG